GGCUUCUUCAAGGCUCAUCAAGUCAGAUAACCGAUUCAUCCAUUUUCACGAAUGCCUCUGAUACUGCGACUGUCUCGAGUCGGAUAACGCCACAAACAAACGGAUUUGCACAUUUCCAGCAGUCUGUUGUUCUGUAUCACGAACAACGAAGGAGGCACCUAGUUUUACAGGAACACUAGCAGAAAGGUGCGCACACACCAGAGUUUAGUUGCCACACUACCUUUCACACCAGUGGCGACAGGCGCGCGCGAUGUGACAGGAGACUCUCCUCUGAUUUGUAUCAUCAGCUGGAAAAAAAAGCCCACAGGGUAACUCCGCACACAAUCCAGAAAUGAAAACGUUAUGGAGCAGAUGAAGAUGACCUUAAAGAUUGCAAAGAUUCAUAAAACAUGGGUUUUCAGGCUCUUGCUGGUGGCAGUACCAUUCUUUUGCUAUUACUUCACCCAGGAUAUGUUCUUGCAAAGCCAGAUCAGUAGCCAUGACAAGGUGCUGUGCGUGAGCAAGUACACAGCAAAGAAACUCGACGCGCUGGAAGCAAAUUUCACGAUAAAUACCCAGCUGUUUUUGAAACUGGAAGAUUUCUUCUGGAGAAAGUUCCCUUACGGCUUGGCAUUGCCAUAUGGAGUCAAUGGCAGUGAAAUGGUCCUACUGAAAGUUUUAGCGUUUAUUGCCAAAUAUGAGAUGCCAGAACAGAUUCAGAGGUUAACCUGUCGAACGUGUGCUGUGAUAGGGAACGGCUUCACCAUGAAGAACAGCUCCCUGGGAGACACCAUCAAUAAAUACGAUCUUGUGAUCAGGUUGAAUGAUGCGCCAAUCAGGGGCUUCGAGCAAGAUGUGGGUAACAAGACCACUAUAAGGCUGUUCUACCCUGAAUCCGCGUCGACCAAAUCCAUGGAUGAGAACAACCCAGACACCCUCAUGGUCCUCGUGCCCUUCAAGCGUAUUGACAUCAGCUGGCUCAAGGAGCUCCUGUAUGAUGAGAAGAGGGUCACUAAGGGUUUUUGGAAGCCUGUGCCCCAGGUUUGGGUGGGGAACGUGGGCCAGAUCCGCAUCCUGCACCCCCACUACCUGCUUGAGACGGCGGUCAAGCUCCUCAAAAUUCCGCUCAAGCUGCCGCCAAAGAGCAAGCAGAAACCAGUCCACCCGACCACUGGGAUCCUAGCUGUCUUCAUGGCCCUGAACUACUGUGACGUCGUUCACAUCGCGGGGUUCGGGUACCCCAAGACUGCAGACCACAAAGUGCCUAUCCACUACUAUGGCAGCAAUACCAUGAAAUCUAUGAAGGAUUCAUUUCAUGACCUCACAAAGGAAGCGCUGGCUUUGAAGAAGUUGGAAGAAGCUGGAGCAAUUCAGUAUCUUCACCCCCAUUCCUGACAUCGUCCCUUUAAAAACAUAAAAACAACAAUAAUAAUAAUAAUAAUUCACACUGAAGCAGCUGCCAAUCAGAGCUUGCUGGAAUUGUGGAGAGUUAUUGAGUUUUUUUUUUUUUUUUUGUAAUAAGACAUAUAUUCUAUAAAUUAAUUAGUGUACGAGAUUUUGAAAUGACUACCUGUGAUAAUUAGGCAAACUUUGCAAACAUGAUUGCCAGCAAUUUUUUUGUUUGUUUUUUGCUGCCCACCCCCCCCCCCAAGCUAAAUAUUUUAUUUAUUUUAACCCUUUUAUUUUAUUAUUAAAAGCUGGCUAUUGCAUUCCUGUGCCUAAGACUAGAUAGUGGUGGGCAUCAUUUCAAACACACAAAAAAAGUAUAAAAAAUAUUUCUUUAGCAUGUGAUAAUGCAACACAGUGAAACUUGCAGAGAGUAUUUCUGAGAGACUAUAGCACAUGAUUCCUGAAAGUGCUUAUCACUGCAGGCAGCCUUCUAUAUCGGGAUGGGCUGCAGUGUUCUUUGUGGGAUAAUGUCAGGAAUACAUAAUCAUGCUUACGCUGCUAACAGGAAACUGGACAUAUCUUGUAAAGUGGUUCUGCAGUCGUUCUUGUGAAAGCCGAAACCACAAGGGAGUGUCUAAGAGAAACGCUUCUCGACGUGAUCAAGAUGGACUUUGGCUGGUGGUGUGUGACAUUUACUGUAAAACACAACUAGCUUAAAAACAACUCAAACCAGGGUACUUUUAGGCUUUAAGAUGACCUAGAAGGGGCUAACUGUUAAUGCACUAAACGAAUCAACAGUGAACCAGCGCAAUGCGUCAUGCCUCGGUGAAGCAUUUAUUCACUCUCAAAGUAGUUCGUCAGGCAGCCAGCAAAACAGCCUAAAAAAAAAAAAGAACAAUUCUGAUCACUAUGAUUGGUCAGUCUUGGAGAAGAGGCUCUCCCAAGUGAUAAAAGGCUAGGAAAAUGAACUGUAGUUCAACUUUAAACUGGAAACCAGUGCUAACAGAAGGCCUUCUCAUUUUUGUGCUAAAGAUAUUGUAAGUACUGUUCCUAAAGGUACUAUGUAUACAAUUACUACUGUGUGCAUUUUCAAGAUUGUAGUUUGGUCCGGUUUAACAUGUACAUUUCAAUUUGUUUUAAAUUGUAUAAUUUGUAAAGAUUUUUCUUUUUGUUAUUGUCAGCAAAUAACAGGCUGGGAAUGAAACGCCAGCUGAAUGUAAAAGGGGCUCAAAUAAUCGUUGACCUUUAAAUUCACUACAAAAUGUAUAUUUGGUUUUGCAUGCAGCUGUAAUACGUGCUUGUAUCUGAAGUCACCUACCCCUCUCAAAGCCUCUGUUCCAAAAGACUCCAAAUCAAAUGGUGUUGAAUGGUGCUAAAUCUCUCCACUAAUUGUGCUUGUAGUAGUAAUAGUUUGAACACUAGAGUAGUAAGGUAUUGGCAGCAUGCAAUAUGAAGGCGUGCAGUGCAAAAAAUACCCAUUACAAUUCCUUUGUUCUACAUGGACAGCUGUGCAGAAGGCCAGGGUUCCGAUCAGGAUCACGUCAAAUUAGAUUAUUGGUGGGUUCAAGGAAAUUCAUCACAAAAAAAUGAUAGUAACUGCAGUACAGAAUGACACCUGCAGGGGCACUAGGGGGCAUUGCCCAGCUAGUUUCACCCCCCCACAAGUUUGUUCCUCUGCCACCCUUAAUAAAUCAUUCAUUUAUAGUAGAAAUUGCAGAGCUUUUUAGCAUUGUGGUCAACUUUGUAUUUCUAUGACCGCUGUGUCAGCUUCAAUAUUUAUCCAUGUAUUUCCCGUUUGCAAUGCACAGAAUGUCCUAUCUGGAGUAACCUCCCUUCUAUGGUCCCUUUUAUCCAUGUAUUUUCCAUUUGCAAUGCACAGAAUGUCCGAUCUGGAGUAACCUCCCUUCUAUGGUCCCUUUCCACAUAGAUAACCGCUGUACAUUCAGUAUAUAGGGGUAGGGCUUCUGUGGUGUGAAUUGAGCAGUUGAAAGAAGUAUACAUGUUUUAUAUAUAUAUAUAUAUAUAUAUAUAUAUAUAUACAUACAUACAUACUGUAAAAGCUGCAAUGAUUAGAAAAUGGAUAAAUGAAAGUGUGUCUGAUGCUGGUAAGAAAUUUGUAUCUGAGACCAGCGGCACCAACGUUUAAGAGUGGGAUUUCAGAUGAAGAGCAAACAGCUUUCAGGACGCUGCAGCAACAACUCCGCGACCAGUGGGAAGAAGUAAUUAACAAGCUGAAUGAAAAAGGAAAGCCAUGGUUGCAGCUUUACUGAGGAAAUUGACUUCACAACAUUGGCAAGUUAGUUUUUGCAUUUAAUGAAUGGUGCCUUGCCUUUUAUAUUUUGUUGAUAGUUGUCAUUUGCCCUUUAUACGUAUAUACACUUUGUGUUGCACACAGACACAGCUGUACACACACACACACAUAUAUAUAUAUAUAGAGAGAGAGUAAUGUAUGGACUUCAUCGAGGGGUUCUGUGACAUCAUAACCCCUGCCCCCCAAUGGUGUCUUAUAGCUGCUCUGUCUGGAGGUAGCCCAUGGUAUAAGUUGACGCACUACAGGGUCUAUAAGAAAAUGAAUGUGUUCAGAGUGUAAUUGUAUUUAUGAUAAAUGGUUUUUAAUUAAGGUAUUUUAUAUAAAAGAAACAAAAUGUAAAAUGGCAAUUUUAAAGUACGUUUUUACAACGUGUAAAUAAACACCUUACUAAUUAUUGUAUAUAAUUUAAAUGUUUUCUUAAAGAGAGGUUUUUUUCUAAUACAUGUGAUUUUUUUUUUUUUUUGCUUCUAAGUCGCUGUGUAGAAAUUUGCAUUAGUCUUUAGAGGCAGUCACAUUCCGUGGAGAUUUUUGCACUGAACCAUUUUUUUUCCUAUUAAACAAAUCCAUGUUGCUUCA